GAAACCACUGUAGGACGGAGAUGACGUCGCGUCGCGCGUUCCCUACGUACAGCAACGCGUUGGUGUUUUUACGCAGCUUCACUAGCGGUUCUUUACAAAGCCGGUUUGAGUUAGAUCUUUGAACAGGAAUAAUAUUAAUACUACUACUAAUAAUAAUUAGGCGGUUUGAUAUAUAAAUAUAUUGUGACGUAACGGUUUACCGACUGGUUAACUCACUGGAUUAUUAUCUGUCACACGGCUACCAUAGCAACUCCUACUGGAUCCAGGUGAACUCUGCUUCUUUACGUGAAGCUCUGUAAUAGUACACUUGGGUGACCCUGAGCGACAUUUUGCUCACUUUAGCGGUAUUUAUUAGCGCAGUUGAGGCUUUUCACGCUUGCUCGGGUUCCACCGGAUAUCAUGCAGGCCGGACAAAGAGUUACCGCACACGGUGCGGGAUCCGCUGUGAACGGUGCGGGAUCCGCUGUGAACGGUGCGGUGGAAAACCCUGUCAUUAGAGAGCUGAUGGACGCGAACGGGGAUGAGGACUCCGAGGCGGAAUCGUACCAGGACGGGAGGACCGAGGACGUAGACCGGGAAACCCGGAGCCGAGCUUUCACGUGGUGUCAGAACUUUCUGUCCGGUGCGUGGAAGACCAUCACUCUGGAGGACUUUGAUAUCAGCAUCGUAAGUGGUGGUCUCAGUAACCUCCUCUACAAAUGCAGCUUACCCGAUAAUGUGAAUCCCAUAGGGGCCGAACCUGCAUGUGUGCUGCUGCGCAUCUAUGGGGUCAUUUUACAGGGAGUGGACUCCUUGGUGACCGAGAGUGUGAUGUUUGCCAUUCUAGCAGAGCGAGAGUUGGGUCCUCGUCUCUACGGCAUCUUCCCAGAGGGACGUUUAGAAGAGUAUCUUCCUAGUAAUCGCCUGUGCACCGAGCACCUGCAACAACCAGACAUCUCGGCUGAAAUAGCCAGUAAGAUGGCCCGUUUCCACCGUAUGGUUAUGCCAUUCGGUAAGGAGCCCAAAUGGCUUUUUGUGACCAUGGAGAGGUAUAUGGAGCAAAUCAGCCAUAUUAGAUUUGUGCGCAAAGCUCAUAUCAAGAAGUUCAACAAGCUGAUGAAGUACGAUCUUUCUGCGGAGCUGGCAAAUCUGAGAGCACUACUGGAAAAGACUCCUUCACCUGUGGUCUUCUGUCACAAUGAUGUACAAGAAGGAAAUGUUCUGCGGUUGGACGGCCGAGAUCAGGGUUCCUCUGAUAAACUGAUGCUUAUCGACUUUGAGUACAGCAGCUAUAAUUACAGGGGUUUUGACUUCGGGAAUCAUUUCUGUGAGUGGAUGUAUGACUACACAUACGACAAGUGGCCUUUUUAUAAGGCAAACCUGGACAACUACCCAACCAGAGAACAGCAGCUGCACUUCUUCAGAAACUACUUGUCUGAGAGUGAAGGUGCUGUAUGUGAAGACCAAUCCAAGAUGGAGCAGAUGAUUGUCGAGGCAAACAGGUUUGCCCUUGCCUCUCAUUUCUUCUGGGGUCUGUGGUCCAUUAUUCAAGCCAGAAUUUCCACGAUUGAAUUCGGAUACAUGGAUUAUGCCCAGCACCGGUUUGAUACAUACUUCAAGAUGAAAAAGCUCUUUGCCUAAUCAACUGUUGGAGAAUGUUUCUGGAUGGAUCAGAACUCGGAUGAGCACGUCCUUCUUUCAUUCAUUCCCCCCCUCCAUUUACUAUUUUACUUUUGAAAUGGUAUAAAGACCGUGAGCAGAUCCAGCGACUAACAAGUGGUCAGUAAUUUCCUACUACAUAAUUUGCUUAACAUUCAUAUACUGUAAUUUUUCUCGAACUGUCUUGCUGGGUGCACAAAUGUCCAGUAUUACAGCAACAACCGCAGAUAUGGUGCAUCCUUUUAUCUAAUCUAAACCAAGCACUUAUGUAUAUGGUACAUAUCCUUAUUUAUUUUAAUUUACUGUAUUUUUUGUUGACUUUUGACAAUGAGGAACUUCCUGAAUCAUUACUGUGAACUGUGUGUGUCUGUGUGUGUACGUACAGUUAAGUGUGUACACAAACUGGCUCUCAUUACAUUUAUUUCUAUAUUUCACACAAUACUGCAAGCUUUGCCCAUCAUUUCUCGAUAUUCUCUUUGUGAACAAGAAUUAAGAAGCAUGAAGUUGUGCUUGUGCAUUAAUGUGUAUUCUGAGAUAAUAUAAGGACCAUACAGACAUUUCAGAUAGCAUGAACAUGCAUUAAAAUGGAUACAUACAUUAAGUGGUACAUUUUGUUUUAUCUUGUAGAUAAAACAAAAAAGAAAUCAUUUGAAUUGAAGAAAUUCUUGGCUUUUUGCCUCAAGUGACUGAGACUGUUAAAGCUUUAAUCAAUAAUGUGCAGAAAGUCUGGGGAGCAGGAGCGGUUACAGACCCGAGUUUAACCUACACAAAUAACAUUUCUGACUAUAGCCCAGUAUGCUCACACGCACAUAAAAUAAGAUGCAGUAUUCAAAUAAAUGUUUUUUUUUUGUUGUUUUUUUAAAAAUAGAUAUACAUAGAUAUACAACCCUUUUUUGAGGAGACAGAGUUAGAGCCAGGUAAGAAAUGAUCAAGAAUAGCGUGAAUAUUUUCUAAUGUUCUCACAACUAAGAGCACUUUUAUUGCUCAUGCCCACAACUCAGUAGUAGUAUUCCAGAAAAUAUUUUUGUGCCUUCUGUUUCCCUAAACUAUUUGAUGUUCAAAUAUGGCAUUUUUAGUCAUGGUGAUCCUUUAACAGGAUAAUUAACCCUAAAAUGAAAGUCCUGUUGUCAUUUAGUCACCUUUACAUCAUUCCAAAACACCAUAACUUUUUUUUUUUCUUCCAUUUUAAGAACAAUAAUUAAAGGGGUCAUGAUUGAUUGAUUUGUCAGUAUGGUUGGAGACCCAACGCAGGCUGAUGUUAGUUUUUGAAUUGGACUGUGCAUGGUAUGUUUAGAUUUAUAUAGAUAAAUAACUUUAAAUUAGUCUUGUUUUUCAUCCAAAUUGUUAGUAUUUAUUCCUACAGGAAACUUGUAAUCUACAACUCACUCUUAUACCUUUGUCCUCUUUUGAAGUUUGAAAGUUUUGGUCGCGGUUGCCUUUCAUUAUACAGACAAAAACCAUAGAGAACAUUUCUUCAAUUAUUUAAUUUUUGUUAAGGUUUGGAGAACUACAUUUGGGUGAGUAAAUAAUGACCCAGUUUUUAUUUUUGUGGGUGAGCUAUCCCUUUAACACGUUAAAAUAAAAAAAACGUAGGUAUCGCGGCGCAAAAACUUUUUUCCCGUUUCCUCUUCAUUAUAACUACCUCAGUUUGAGUGAAUGUGUGCGUCGUCUCCCCUUCCCUCUACUUUUUUUGAAGCAUAUCCAAUUGCCUAAGCUAAUGAGGAAGAAGAAUGUGGAGAGAGAAGUUGGGAGUAGUUUUUAAUUUAUGUUGGUCAUGAAUUUAUAAAGAGGACUGAUUACUGUGGUUUGUUUUACUUAAAUAUAUUUAUAUUCUUAUAAAAUAUAAAUAUAUUUAAUAUAUUAUAAUAUAAUAUAAUAUUCGUUAUUCUGUACAUUGACAUGACAUUACUAUAGCAGUUUUGUUUCAUUUUACAGUAGAGGGAGAGAGGCAGAGAAGUCUGAAGGAAGGAACAGAGAGACUGCCUAUGAAGCCUUAGGGAGACAACACAAAUGCAGAUAGAGAGGGAAAGAGAGGCAGUGUGAAGAAAGAGGAGAACGAGGCUGUAUGUGAAAUGCAGACAGCAGCCUCUCUUGAUUUGAGAGAUAAGGUCCCAAACAAUCUAAACUUUUAAUCAUAUUACCCACAUGCCCUGCCGAUACUUGUUGUGUGCUGUGGUUUGCUUACACGGCAUGUUUAUCAUUUCUGUUUAUUCAUCUUCAAUUCAACUCAAUUCUUAACAUUUAGGGAACCAAUUAAGUUUGUUAUACCAUGAGUGAGUAUUUAGUGAGGGUUUAGGAUAAUUAAAAAAAAAUUUUUUUUAAAGUCCCACAGUUCUAUAGCAAACCCCUGAAAGCUAAAGCAUUUGUAGCUGGUUUUGAGCAUUUUUGAUGCUUCAGUUGUAAUGAAAACUGUUUUGGUUAUUACAACGGUUUUUUAACUGCUCUUAAUUGUGGUACUGAGUGGGCUGCUAAGGGGCCUGCACUCAGAUUAACACCUGCAGGUUGGUACAUCACAUCUGGCAGUUUGUGUUUGUGUACCACAAUUGUUUGAACACUAACCUGAAAGACUGGAAGUAAAAUAUUGAAGUCAAGUAUUAUAAACAUUCAUGGAACUUAGUGGAUGAAUGGUGAAUACCUUUCAUACAUCUUUUUAUGUCUUUUUUUCCUUAAUUUGGCUAAAUGGCCAGUCUGCUUGCACUAUAUUUAUGAUUGAACAACAUGCUUUAUUGUAACUUACCAAGCUUGUGAUCAGACCUUAUCCAGUUUCUUAUUUACAGUGUCUGUAGCUAUAUGUUUAAUCUUUUUAUUUAUUUUAUUUUAUUUUUUAUUUUCGCAUGGUGCGAUUUAUUUAUUGAUCUAUCAGUCAUCCAAAGCAGAUCAGUACUGAAUCUGAACCAAAUCUAAAAUAUGAAAGCACUUAAUAAUCUGGACUCAAAUACGUCCAAAAUCGAGGCCACGAGAAUUUUGAUUAUCGUUAUUUCCGUCCUUUUAGUAUACCAGGUUUAGUGAUUUCCGAUGGAAGUUAAUGCAGAGAGGCUAAUAUGUACAAGUUUUAUAAAAUGCAAAGAAUUCUCUAUACCCUGGGAGCAAUUUCAUACUGCGUGUUAGUGAUAGUUAAGCCCUACUCAUUUCGUGCAUCCCUUUUCUUACUUUCCAUCAUUACAGCUACUAAUUAUUUUAAUACCUCUCAUUUAUUGCAGCCUUUAAACGACCAUAACGGUAUUGAGCUGGGUCCAGUUUUCACUUAUGUAUUAUUUGUGUCUGUGAAAAUAUUUACUUAUUUGCCUUUUAUAGGACACAGCAGCCAUUGAACCUCUUACUACAAAUAAAAAUAUUUGAAAUCUAA